ACACGCCACGUGUAGUAACCCUUCACCGUCAUUAACCCCGUAACCCUAAAACUCCCCCAAUUUCAUCCUCCACACACCAAACCAAUUUUCCCCAACCAAACCAAUGGCCUCCAAGAUUAUCGCAUCCGCCGUCCGCCGAUCACUCUCCCCUAAACUCCUCCCACACAUCCGCCCCCUCUCCACCGCAGCCGCCGCGGCAGAACCCUACGACACCUCACCCGGAAUCUCAAUGAAAGGCGUCAAAAUCUCCGGCAGACCCCUCUACCUUGAUAUGCAAACAACCUCCCCCGUUGACCCCAGAGUCCUCGACGCCAUGCUCCCAUACUUCGUCUCCCAAUACGGAAACCUUCACUCCCGCACCCACCUUUACGGCUGGGAAUCCGACGAAGCGGUGGAAGCCGCACGCGCGCAGGUCGCCAGUCUCAUCAACGCGUCACCGAAAGAAAUCGUCUUUACCUCCGGUGCCACUGAAUGUAACAAUAUUUCCGUUAAAGGUGUUAUGCAUUUUUAUAAGGAGAAGAAGAAACAUGUGAUUACAACUCAAACGGAACAUAAAUGUGUUUGA